ACCGCAACAGUCUUUGACCUGCUCUCUCCACUAGUUCCUGCCAAUCCCGAAUCAACACCCCAUUACAUCACCAUGGCACCCAACCAAAGGAUUAUUCUCGUCACUGGCGCCAACUCCGGCAUCGGCUAUGACACCUCCUACGCCCUCGCCAAAACCUCGCCAGGCAAUCACGUCAUCAUGGGCGCCCGUUCCAGUGUCAAGGAAGGGUCUUGCAGCUCUCGCCGAGAUCCAGGCCCGCAAGCCUGCCGGCACACUCAGCUUCCUCGAGCUCGACAUAACCUCCGACGAGUCCAUCCAAGCUGCCGCGCAGAAAGUGACGUCCGACUAUGGCGUCCUUGACGUACUCGUCAACAACGCUGGCAUCUCCGGCAAGGACGAAGUCUCGCGCGAGAACUUCCACACCGUCUUCGACACUAACGUUAUCGGCACCAUGCUGCUGUCCCAGGCCCUAGAGCCUCUGCUGCGGAAGUCCCUCCAUCCUCGGAUCAUCAACGUCUCCUCGAUUCUUGGCUCCAUCUCGCUGCGGAACGAUCACUUGUCGGCAUACACCCAGGUCACGGGUGAGAUGUAUCGCGUCAGCAAGGCGGCGCUGAACAUGGUGACCGGGAUUCAGGCCUAUCAGUAUAAGAAAUGGGAGCAACCAGCGAAGGUGUGGUCAUUUUGCCCUGGGUUCGUGGUCACCAACUUGACCGGGGAGGAGGAUAGGCAGAACAGAAUCAACCAGGGGGCAGAGCCAUCGGAGACGAGUGCCCAGGGCAUAGCGGAGAUUGUCAGUGGUGAUAGGGACGCCGAGGUGAACCAGUUCUUGGCCAAGCGAGGCGAGGUCUUGCCGUGGUAGUUCUAGGGUCGUUCAAGGCCGGUGUGGGUGGACAAGUCAGCUACAACGAAUAUGAAUGAAUCUGUGAUUACCUUUU